GUUCUGAGUGUUUGGAGUCCAUGUGCUGUUUGGGUUUUAGUGCGUGGAAUGGAAUGGCUGUUAGGCUGGGUCUGUUGUGAUUCGGGCUUUGCACUUGAGUGGCAGGGACAUGUGACUGCUGUGUGAAGGUUAUUUUUGGGAUCUGGGUGGCGGCUUCUCGUCAGAAACCAUAGAGAGUUAGUGGGAGAUGUACUUGUGGAGGCUCAGAAAGCGACACAGAUUGUUAUGUGAGGUUUUGAACUUUUGAACAUGGGUUGUUGCUUCAGCCGAGAAUUAAGCAGCGAUAAUGACAGUGAAGAAACUGGCCUGUUACACAGACCUGUGGAGGAGGAGGGGCUGGAGAGCAAGAUAAGUAGGACUUUGUCUUCAUUAGUCGAUACCUUUGGAGGUGAGGAGCUUCCCGGCGUGGGACGUGGGGCCGGCGUGUGGGCCAGGGUUUCUGUGAGGCCGGUGCACAGGCAGGGUCCAGCGCCAAGCUGGCCCCUUAACGCGGUCUCCUCUCCCACGUCCGGGUCCUUAACCGCGUCUGAAAGCGUGGGUGAGGCUGACGAGAACCCCGACGGCGCUGCCCUCAGGCGGGAUGGUGAAGGUACCCGUGCCCCUCCGUGUGGGGGCCUCCCUGGGGGCGAGGGGCCCUGCUCACGAGCCCCGGCGCCCUCUGGCUGGGGCCUUGGCGGUCACCCUCCCUGCUGUCGCCCAGCCACCUGGGAAAGCUCUGCAGUCAAAAAGGAGGUAGUGGUAACCGUUCAGAUGGGCAGCGCCGCUGGCUUUUGCGGUGUGAAUGGUGGGGAGAGGCCGCAUGGAGACCCUGUUUGUGGUGCCCACAAGCCAUGGAGGCAUUCACAAGAGAGCGGAUUUUACAGUAUCUGUGUAAUUGACCCUGAUGGCCCAGACGCUGGAGAUGAGCUGUGCGCUCGCACGUGUGGAGCAGCUGCGGCUCCCGGGGGUCAUCCAGCUUUCACCUCCAGGGGAGUCCGUGGAGGGCCCUGGCCACCAGACAGCGCUGCCCAAGGGCCAGGGGAGUUCGAGGCACCGCGGGCAGAGCCGUCCCUGCAGGGCAGUCCACUCCCAAGGGAAAGGAAGGAAGCUUUUAACGAGAAAACUAAACCUAGCUCUGCACUUUGGAGUGAUCGUGACCCACCCUGUAAAGUAAACGUUGGUGACCUGCUGGCGAAGACUUCCGCCAGGUUCCCUGAAGAUGGCACAGAAGGGAGCGCGUUAUGUAAGGUUGGCACACUCCCCACGUUGACUGUCAGCACAGACACCGUCUCACUAGUGUGUGUGUGCACCGGCCCAGAAGCAGGAGAGUGCUGCAGCUCAGGACCAGGAGGCCCGGUGCUUGAGUCGCAUGUGAACAUAACUAAUGGCACUUCAGAUGUUGAAAGAAACGUAACAGCUACUGUAGAUCAGAGUUUAAACCUUGAAAAGGAAGAAGAAAAUAACUCUGUAAAGCCACUGAAAGACAGUGAUUGUUCCACUUUAGAUGUUAGCAGAUCAGACAGUAGUCUCCUUUCCGUAAGUCUAGAUAGAGUCAGUUUAAGUUCAGAAAGAUGUGUCACUUCAGUGAGCUUUGGAAAUGAGUGUCUUCCCAUUUGUGCAAAUUCCCAAGAACCAGCUCCUGACAGAGGUGACGAUGCAGGCCCUGCACUCAUCCCGCGGCCAGUGAUGCUUGAGGAGCAGCACCAGGGUGACUGCAGCUUGAAGGCUGGAAGCAGCCAGCUUGCACACAAAGCAGAAUUGUCUCUGCAGUCUCAAAAUAGUUCAUCUUAUCAAGAUGAGGAUGAAAUUGGCAUUUUUGAAGAUGAGGGUCAUGGUAAGAGGGCUUUUGAAUGGAGAGCUGCCUGUCAGGUAGAUCUGAGUGCAGACACUAGGGCCAGCAAGGCCCGGACCUGCAUCUGUGAUGUGAUGUGUGCAGUGCAGGCAGCAGACAUGGAGGGAGUGUUCCAGGGCUCACAGGUAGUGCCCCCAAACGGCGAGUCUCUCGAUGGCUCCAGGUGGCUCAAGAGUGACUUCAUUUCCUCUGCGUGUAUUUUCACCUCCGCUGAAGAGGACAGUGAAACAGAAGAUGAAAUGUGUGUGAAGAGCUCAGGGAGUGCUGAACAAGAAUCACUGAGAGCCACUCACAGAGAGACCAGUAAAGUUGACAAAGGAAGUGUCCAGUCCGACCCUAAGACAGCCUUUGACUGGGAAACAAAUGCACAAAAAUGCACGGCAGUGCCCAGUCAGGAUGUGCUGGCUUGUGUUAGUUCUAGUGUAGCAAAAAACCCUGACUUUGAAACAAAUCAAAUAGAAAAAAAUGAUGAAACGUAUAGAGUGAAUGACGAUAGAGAUGAAGACCUUGGCCUUGUACCACCUUUCAACCAGGGUUGGAGUCCAGGCGCGCAGGAGCCACAAGCAGUGCAGCUGGACUCUGCGGACAGGGCUGGGAGCCUGCGACUGAAGCAGGUGUUCUCCGAACCAGCUGAAGAAGUUUCUGAAUCCUCCAGUGGACGUGCGUCGGGGGCAAAAGACCCAGAGCUGAUCGGUGGCAAAGAGGAGGCGAUGCUUUGUCGGGAGGGAGGCAGCAGUGGUCCUGGCAUUGUCAGCCGUGUGGGUCUGCGUGGAACAAGCAGAUGUGCAUGCCCUUUCAGACAAAGGGGAGCCAGGCCUACGGUGCAGGGACCUGUGUUACACGGGGACGUGGGUCUGGUGGGAAGUUCGGAGGCGAUCUUUGGAGGAAUGGAGUCAGGGGGCGCGCGUGCGGGGCGCUCCUGCUCGGCUGGUAUUGACCCUGCCGAAGUGAACGGAUACUCAGCUGCUGCUCUCGAUGGUCUGCAGGUGAUUCCCGUCAUCCCAGGUGACAGCAAGGAAACAGCAGUGCCAGGUUGCGAGGACCCUGUUCUCUCACUCAUAUCAGAAAAGCCCUCAAAAGGGGAUUUGCAGAGCUUCCCAGAGGAACUGUACUCCCAGCUUUUGGAUGAACUUUCCUGUUACCCGAUGUCAGAGUUGGCAAGUCAGAUGUUUUCUGAAGGGCUGGCGGACGGUUGUGGAUAUCAAGUGGGCUGCCCGUGGACUAAUACAGGUGUAAAAGACAUGUUAGAAGAUGCACAGAUGUUUAGUGAGGACCUGCACAGCCAGCCACAGGACCUCGAGAUCUCUUUGUUUUGGAUGGAAAAGCCCUCUUAUCGGCUACCAGUGGCAGAAGAUGGUGUUAUUUGGGGAUGGCAAGAGAGAGGUGGACAGUUAGUACCAACGGCCAAGGUUUCAGAGCUAAACCCUAAUGCAAAAGUAUGGGGGACUCCUGUGUUACACUUGGAAGCAAGUAAUGCGGCGGAUGGUGGUGUGAGCGCAGCCUGGGAGGCGACGCCCGGACGCGGCCAGGAGGGAUUGGACAGCAGUGGUGAUGGUGACAGAGGUCCUGAGAAUGCUGCGCUGUCGGAUCUGCGGGAGUCAGACCAGGCAGCCAUGAGCGCUCUGGGUCUGGGCCAGUCAGAGCAUGAGUCACCGCCUGAGCAUAGCCAGACGGGAGGACAUGAAUCUCAACCAGAAAGCCAGGAAGACCCCCGGGAAGUACUUAAAAAAACAUUGGAAUUCUGCUUGUCUAGGGAGAACCUUGCUAGUGACAUGUACCUUAUAUCGCAGAUGGACAGUGAUCAGUACGUGCCAAUCACCACGGUAGCUAACCUGGACCACAUCAAGAAGCUCAGCACCGACAUGGACCUGAUUGUCGAAGUGCUGAGAUCUUUACCUUUAGUCCAAGUGGAUGAGAAGGGAGAAAAAGUAAGGCCAAAUCAGAAUCGUUGCAUAGUAAUAUUACGUGAAAUACCUGAAUCCACCCCAGUAGAAGAAGUAGAAGCACUAUUUAAAGGAGAUAACUUACCACGAUUUAUAAACUGUGAAUUUGCCUAUAAUGAUAAUUGGUUUAUUACAUUUGAAACAGAAGCAGAUGCACAACAGGCUUACAAAUACCUUCGAGAAGAAGUCAAAACGUUUCAAGGAAAACCAAUUAAGGCACGGAUAAAAGCAAAGGCGAUAGCUAUAAACACAUUUUUGCCAAAGAACGGCUUUAGACCUCUGGACAUGAGCCUCUACUCGCAGCAGCGCUACACGGCAUCAUUUUACUUACCUCCAGUCUACAGCCCCCAGCAGCAGUUUCCUCUGUACAGCCUGCUUGCCCCCCAGACCUGGUCCGCGACACACAGCUAUCUCGAUCCGCCUCUGGUGGCGCCGUUUCCAAAUACUGGAUUUAUAAAUGGGUUCACGUCGCCAAGCUUCAAACCUGCAGCGUCUCCUCUGGCUACACUCAGACAGUACCCUCCAAGGAGCAGGAAUCCUGGUAAGUCUCAUCUGCGCCACGCCAUUCCCAGUGCAGAGAGAGGGCCCGGGCUGUUAGAAAGCCCUUCCAUAUUUAACUUCACCGCGGACCGGCUGAUGAACGGCGUGCGGAGCCCACAGACGAGGCAGACGGGUCAGCCCCGAGCCCGGCUGCAGAACCUUCCGGCCUACGCCAAGAGAGAUGCAGGGCCAGGGCGGGUGGAGCAGAGCAGCCUCGAGUCCUCUCCGGGCUUAGGCAGAGGAAGGAAAAACUCCUUUGGUUACCGGAAGAAACGGGAGGAGAAGUUCACAAGGAGUCAGACUCAGUCUCCAACACCGCCCAGGCCGCCCUCCCCGAGCUUUGAAUUAGGCCUGUCCAGCUUCCCCCCACUGCCCGGGGCAGCAGGGCAUUUGAAGACAGAAGACUUGUUUGAGAACAGGCUGUCUGGCUUGCUCACAGGAUCAUCCAAAGAAAGGAGCCUGAACGCAGAUGCAAGCACGGACACUCUUCCCGCGGUGCCCCUCCGAGAGCCCUCAGCACCCUGCGCCACACCCACAGCCUGCGAGCGCGCCCCCUCCCCAGCCCGCCUGCCCGAGGAUCCCAAGGUGGUAGAGAAGCAGAGGGAGACCCCGAGUGCGGACAGACGUCCCCCGGCCCAGAGCACAACUGCGAGCAAGUCGGUGCAGGUGAACGGCGCCGCCUCGGAAUUGCGAAAACCCAGCUAUGCAGAGAUUUGUCAGAGGACAAGUAGAGAGCCGCCAUCGUCCCCGUUGCAACCCCAGAAAGAACAAAAGCCAAACACUGUCAGUUGUGGGAAGGAAGAAAAGAAGCUCGCGGAGAGAGAGCCCCCCGCCCCCAAGUCCAGCCCAGGACCACCCAAAGACCAGAGGAGGCCACUGGGCCGCCGACCCUCACCCCCGGCCUCGGGGCGGCGUCCGCACAGAGAACAGAGCCCCCCACCCCGGUCCCCUCAGUGAGCGCCAACGUCUGGGAGGGCUGUGAGGAGCGGAGGUCGCCACGACGAAGCACUGUCCUGCUGGGACGGGAGUGAGCCGCUGGCUAGGAGCUUGCAGUGUAGAUGAGGCCCACGAGGUGCCUGCAGGUUGUUUUUCUUCUGAGUCGGAUUCCCCCCUCUUGAAAAAAAUCUAUUUUUCAGGAUUUAAUUAAUAUAAACCUUAUUUUAGGUUGGUGCUUAACUGGAGGUGAUGCAUAAGUCUGAUUUUUUUCAGGAUAGAAAAUGCAUUUAUCCUAACAAAUUGAUAUUUUUUAUUAAGCCUCCAUGUGGCUAUGAAUGCAAGCUAUAUAUAUAGUGAGUUUUUCUAAAUUAAGCGGAACUGUGCUACUUCUUUUUUUAAAAUAACUGGUUAGCAAGUGCGUAUCUGUGAGAUGUCCAGACCGCCGGGUGAGGCUGAGGCCGUGGGGUUGCGGGCGCGAGGGGACGCUGUGAGUGUAGCCCGGGGGAGGCCGGGUCCGACGGCGCCACGCGCUGGCCUGGCACUCUCCUUCCGUUCAGAAGCCUGACAAGCAGUUCUGGCCAUUUUUAAGUAGAGCCCAUUUUUGGUCCACUGGGCAGAGUAACCGUGCAGAGCACCAGGAGCCCUUGUGUCCUGCCAGCAAGUAGCCAGCUCCUCACUCCAGUCUCGAGUGGCUGUUGUGUAAGAUAGACUCAAAGCACAUUGUGACUAGAACUAAAAUGGAACAUAAACUUUGUUGCCCACUGACAUGUUAGCGCAAAAUUGUACCCUCAUGUUUUGCUCCCAUGAAUGGGUGGGGAGGGCGGGGAGCCUGGCUCCGGGGUCUGCCCCACCUUAGCUCCCCCAACGGGGCGCCUUCUCGAGCCUCACAGGGCCCACGCGCGAAUCGUGGGAGAAGGUGUUCAUGAUGCCCUCUGGUGGUGGAGGGUCCAAGUUCCCGCUCUCUUUACCUCCAAGACAGGGUCUGUGAUCCCUUCGCAAAGCGCUGCUCUCCAAGAACACGCAUGCACUAAAGCUAGCAGUUGGUAAUAAAGUUAAACAUAAAUUAUUUUGUUUUAAAAUGCCUAAAUUUUUUCUUUAAGUAUUCCAAGCAGCAGACAUUAAAAUAAGAAUAUUUCCUGCUAAAUGUAACCAUACAGUUUAUUCCACAAAAUGUUAUUUAACAAGACUGAGGUGUUUUUUUUUUAAAGAGAUUAUUUCCAUCCAAUAUUUAAAGACUUGAAUUUUAUUUAAACUUGAAAAUGACUUUGCCUUAACUUUUGUAUAAGACAGCUUAGAGUUCCUGAGACCGGCCUGGGUUGGCCUGAGUGGGGUGUGCUGUCCCGGUGUUACUGGGUAAGCACUGUAGGAAGAACUAGCAGUCGUGUUUGUAAUUCACCUGGAAGAUCUUACACAGUUGAUCUUUUUUCAGAUUGUUGAAAAAUCCUGUAAAUGCAAAUAGUCGAUGCUGUAUUAAAUAUGUGCACUUGGACGUGUGUGCUUUGCUUGUACAGCUGUAAAUAGUCAGAACAUGUUAAAGAGGUACCCUAAAGAGAAAAGUCUGAUAAAAAUCGAUAUAUUAUAAAUGUUGCUAUUGACCUGGAUGUAGAUAAACUCAAUGUUGUGGUUUGAAUAUUAUUUUAAUUUGUUGAGGUUUUUUCUUUUUCUCUUGUACUGGUAUGUUGAACUGAUUCUGCCUCUUUGCUGCUGCGAAAGGGAGAUGGAAAGUCUUACUAAACUCUUCGAAUGUUUUCAUGCUCUUCUUAAAAAUAUGUAAGUGUGUACUAAUCACAGCUAAUGUGAAAGGGUUUUCGAGGUAUUAUCUGGAAAGUGGAAACUGACAGGGUCUUGAAGUGAAAGUAAAAAAUAAUCUACUUAAAAUCACCCACAUCUAGUAAGCAUGAUUUGCCUGCCAGAGGAAAACGUCCCCUUCGGAGCAGCGUCUUUAUUCAAAUACCUAGACACCCACUCAGUGCUCAUGUUUGUAGAUGCCCGUGAAAGGAACAGGGGGAUUUAUUUCUUUGUAGUUGUGAAAUUGCUGACUGAAAAAGUCAGAAAUAAUUGACCUCUUACACCCAAACCAAUGAGUACUGUAGAAAGAGCUGGAAAGGCGGGCUCAGAGGCCCCGAGAUCCCGUGACGUGGCAGUCUCUGCCCGAGGAGGGAGUGAUGCCUUCAGCGCCGUCAUCCCCAAAUCCCAAAGCCUGUGCAGCCCGAACACUGGUUUUUAGUAGUGGCAGGUCCGUUCCCUGGAGGCGCGCGCGUGGAGCCAGCUGUGCUGUCCGCCGCUCGUGUGCCCAGGGCAGAGCUGUGCGUUCAUGUGGGGUGGAGGUGGCCAGACAGCAGCCAGGCCCAUCCAGGUAGCACGGCUCCCGCAGCAGAGUUGUGUUGUCACUCUGAUGUGAUUUUUAUAGCAUUCUUUUUAAUCAAGCAAGGGUGAUAUGCCAAAUAGCUAUAUAAUGUCCCCCAACCCCCACCUUUCUGAUAUUCCUGAGAUUUUCCACGCAUAGAAGAGCACGGGGGCUGCACAGUGGGAAGCGGAGGUGCUGGCGCACAGGCAGCCCCGCCACGUGCAGCCAGUGUCUGGCUUCUUGUGUGUAAAAUGUAGCUCUUCCUCCCCCGGCAGCCCCUCAAGGUACAGAGUCAGAGACGCAGCCUCACAAAUGGCAUUGAACUUGGACAUCUGUGUGAUGAUACCUGUCAUUUGGAGGGAUAAGAAUGAGAACCCGGCCCCGUCUCACCAGACAUGAAUUUCAAGCAGAGUCGUUGCUUUUUGAGAGUCGGUGUCAUGAUGUUUUCUGCUGUGGCCCUCCUGUAACCACAUCACAGGUUGUCACUAGUGGUGGCAAGAAACGUGUCAUGUUGCCGCAUGGUCGGUGCCGCAUGGAGGCCGGGAUGGGGGCCUUGCGGGCCUCGGGGCAGGUGCGGCCCGUGUCUGCAUCUGUGUCCGCGGGGCAGCGGCGGACAAUCGGCCUGAGGGAGCGGUGUGGCCCCACCCGCGGGAGGGCGGUGACACAGACGCCUCCCCAGGGCUUUGUUUCUGUUCUUCUUUUCAUUAAGACUGGAAUCAAGCUUAUGUGUAAACUAUUGGUAAUUUAAGUUUCCUUUGUGUCAUUCAGUGUAAAACUGUCUAAUUUGAAAAAAAUGUAGGUUAUGAAAAAUAAAGAUUUAGGCACUG